AUGGCAGAUUAUGACGACGAACCGUUCCAAAUGGACGAAGAAGUGGAUCUAGGAAGUCCGGAGCGGGAAUUGAGUCUCACUGAAGAGUAUUUUUCCCGAGAUGGAACGUAUAUGGAAGAAAAUGAUAUUCGACUAGCUUCGAAACCGGAACCUAAAGGCGCCAAUUCCGGGCUGUAUAAAGUGAGUGAAAGUGUGAAUGAUAAUCCAGAGGAGUUGGCUCGUUUGCUUGCAGAGCGGCUUGGAAAAAAUCCAGAAAAAAAUGGUGAGGAAAGCACCGAAUAUGAUGAAGAUGCGGAUGAUAAACUCGAUAUUCAGAAACAAAAAGCUCUUGAAAAUGAGUUUCGUGAAAAGAAUAUAGAUUUACGGGCGCAAGAGGUGACUCCGCCAGAGAAUUUUGCCCCGGUUAUCAACAAUAUUUACCGAUCUUCGUUUCCUCAGAUUCACAGUUUUUCAUUUCUUCGAACGUUAAAAUUGAAGUCAAUUCUUUGUUUGAUCCCUGAAGAAUACCCACAAAUGCACAAAGAUUUUUUUGAAGAGGAAGGAAUCAAGCUUUUUCAAAUGGGAAUGUCAGGAAACAAAGAACCGUUUGUAAAAAUUCCACCAGAUUUGGUGACGGAAGCCGUCAAGGUGGUGCUUGAUCCACGCAACCAACCCAUACUAAUUCACUGCAAUCGAGGGAAGCAUAGAACCGGGUGUUUGGUGGGGGUUAUACGACGAUUGCAACGGUGGCUGUUGACGAUUAUUUUUGACGAAUAUCGUAAAUUUGCAGCUCCUAAGGAACGACCAAUGGACCAACAGUUUAUUGAAUUGUACAAUGAAACCGAGAUUGAGAGAUACGCACAUGAACACGGGUUGCUUCCGCUUCAGUGGGAUGAUGAGGCUGGGCUCUAA